UAUAACUCAACUCAAACAAACAAAGAAAAACAAUGGCAAUCAUGACAUCAUUGGCCUCUUUUCUCCUCAUUCUCCUGUUGGCUGCAGCUGUCUGCACCCACGGAGAAGAAUCGGUAAGGGACAGCAAUGGGAACGAAGUUCGACUCAAAGAACAAUACUACAUACAACCGAUCAGUAACGGGAUUAACGGCGGUAGUCUUGCUCCACUUGCUGGUAUAAAUCCCUUUUGUGAACCACGUGGUAUUAGCGAAACAUUUACGGGAGAACCGGGAGUGCCAGUUAGCAUAGCAUAUCCACCGGGGUUCAUCACGCCAUUAGAAGUUGUCAAAACAAAUUUCAGUAUAACCAUCGAGUUCAAGUCCAACGACUGUAAGGAGCUAUCCAAGUUCUGGGAAGUCUAUGAAGCACGGUAUAUCAUUGAGCCUCCAAUUCUCAUCGGUGGUAGACCUGAGGAACCAAAUAGCCGGUUUAAGAUAGAGAAAGUCGGAGAAGAAGAUGGAACAAACAUUUACAAAUUGACCACUUCUGCCGGAAACGUUGGAUCCAUCCCACUAUUGGGAACUACACCACAACAAGUUCUAGUUCUCACCAAUGAUGUGGCUAAGACCAUAUUCGUCAAAUUCAU